GUUUUGCCUCGUAGGGGUAGUGUAUUGUGUCAAAUGUUUUGCGAUUAAAUUUGUGAAUGUUUGCUAAUUUCGUAUUAGUAUGAUGACUGUCAGUAGUAGAUGCGGAAUUCGAAGGCUCACGAAAUGUCGAUGAUAAUUUCUUGGGAUGUCUUUUAGUGAUACGUGAGUUUGAGAAGAAUGCGUUAUUUUGAAAGAGUUUUUGCCGUGACUUAUGACAAGAACUAAUUUGAGCGCGAACCUAAACCUGAUAAUCAGGAUCACUGACAAUGUUUAAUAAAAGCGAAUCUUCUAAAUGUAGUUUUUUGGAACAAACGAAAGCGGCUCGUGAAGAACGAGCACAAGAAAAGAAAAGGGAAGCUGCUGCUAUUCUAUUGCAGUCGCACGUGAGAGGAUGGCUUACAAGAAUACGAUUUACGAAAAAAAUUCUGGAUGACUUUGACGUGCUGUUGCCUCCAGAGGGAUGCGCAGAACUGCGGCCAUCAGUACAAGUGUAUCAGAAUGCAUCCAGGUUUUUGUUUGUAUGGAAAAAAGAACGAGAUAAAGAACGCUUUGAAAUGUUAUGUAGGUAUUUAGUUUCUAGUCUUGAAAGUGACUCGGUGAAGCUGAGCUAUGUCGGUGUAGCCUUAAAUAAAGAAUAUGCGUUGGCCUGGAUCUCUCAUAUGAAGACUAUCUUGUGGAAAUGCUGCAUUUACUUGGAUGAUCUGCAUCCAGAAUACCCAGCAGAUAUGUGCACAAUGUUGUUGUAUCUGCAUACAUUAGUGGCCUUUACAUCAACUAAUACGUGGUUCAUACUAAAAGCAAAGCAUAUGGAAGUGCUGAAAUCUGGAAUGAAUCAACUUUGUGCCAAUAUUAUGGGACAUUUGUUCAACAAGGGCUUUUAUUUAACAUUAAAGACACUGUUGAUACGAGGUCUUGGACGUUCAAAAGUGACAUUGAAACAUGUGUCACUAUCAGCAAUUAUAACAUUAGCACUGCGGCCACUAGUAUCUGCAAAUUUUUCAGAGAAACUGAUGACAAUGUUUUUAAUACAUAUUUUGUGUGUGCCAGGUCUAAUUCUACAUUUGCAGAACCUAGCUCCUGAGUGUGUUUCUGCCAUCAUCAGCCAUGAAAUAUUUGGCAGAAGUUUGGACCUUCUGAAUUUGGAACAGAAUACUAGGAUAGUAUUUAAUGUUCUGGAAGGCAACUAUGCCCUUUGUCUUCUAGCAAAUCUGAUACACCUUGCCUACAUUCAGCGUGAAGAUGCCUUACGAGAACUUUAUUUCCCAAGUUUUACUUUUGUGGUGACUCGACUUUUAGAGAGUUGCCAACAUUAUGUCACGAGCAAGCAGUCAAAUUUAACUCACUGGCAUCCAGUACUAGGCUGGUUCGCACAGGAGACAGACAGUGCACUAAUGGAGUCGAUACCUCACGUGAGGUCACAGUUGCAACUGUUGUGGUCGAGUCCGAUGGUGUCUGCACUGCUGGGGCACGUUCUAGAAGAAGCAGAGCCACCGGAAAGCUCUGACGGUGUACCACAGGCAGUCGGUGGGACUGGACUACUGAGGCGGGCGCUGCUCGAGCACCGUGGGGCCUGCCACUCUGCCGGCCGAAACCGCCUCGGCAGUGCAGAAUGCUCCAAAGUUGCGCUCGUCUGCUCCCUCUACCAGACUGCUCUCGCGACCCUUACCCAGCUGAGACUGGAAGUUCUUACAGGUUUGUGCUAUCAGGAUAAGAUUUUAUUCAGUCUUUGGCAGUUCAUUUGCAGUUUAGGUCCUAACUGUGGCUUGAAGUCUUUCCUGGACCUCCUCACAGUUAAUACAAAGUGUAAUGCUCCAGAGUUUCAGAUGUUGAUUCUCUUCUGCGAUUGCAUGACACAUUAUGUGACAAUUCUUGAUGACCUGGAAAUGUAUGAGCAACAGAAACCUUUUCGGCUGACAGAUUUUGUUGUUAUGUGCAGCUUUCUUAACAACUUUUUGUACAAAGCUAUUCUUGGAAAUCUAUUUGAUGUCAAAAAUCUAAAUGGCAACCAGCUUUUCCAAAUGGCUCAUACCUUGUUAACGGUGCUGUACCGGAGAGACUGCAGACGGAACUAUACUCCUGACAAUCACUGGCUGAUUAAAGAACUGCGGGUCGGUUCAUUUGUGAACGAUUUGGAAAAAGGAAAGAAAACUACUCAGGUCCUUCUCCAGAAGAUGCCACACAUUAUCCCACAUGAUGAGAGAGUACAAUUGUUCCGCAAAUAUGUGGCAAAUGAAAAGGCUGUGUUAGGCCUUACAGAAUCUGCUUGUGCAUCACCACAGGCUACAUUAAUUACAAUUCAUCGAUCUCGAAUUGUUGAGGAUGGAUACAGGCAGCUAGCUAUGCUUCCAUCACAAGCACUGAAAGGAGUUAUAAGAGUACGUUUUAUCAAUGCACAGGGUUUAGAUGAGGCUGGAAUUGACCAAGACGGAGUGUUCAAAGAAUUUCUUGAGGAAACCAUUAAACGCGUCUUUGAUCCCUCUCUCAACCUUUUUCGUGUUACGAGUGAGGAGCGGCUCUAUCCAUCUCCUACGUCUUACAUGCAGGAUAAUCACCUGCAACUGUUUGAGUUUGUGGGAAGAAUGCUUGGCAAGGCAGUAUAUGAGGGAAUUGUUGUAGAUGUCCCGUUUGCAUCUUUCUUCCUGAGCCAGUUACUGGGGCAGCAGAAUCAAGUUCUUUAUAGCUCAAUGGAUGAGUUGCCGUCACUUGAUCGUGAAUUGUACAGAAGCUUGACAUUUAUCAAACAUCACCAGGGUGACGUCCAGGAGCUAGAUUUAACAUUCUCAGUAGAUGAAGACUGCCUUGGGAGGCUGGUGACCCACGAAUUAAUUCCUGGAGGAAAAGCUGUACCUGUGACUAAUGAGAACAAAAUAAAUUACAUACACUUGAUGGCACACUUUCGUAUGCACACACAAAUUAAGGACCAGACAGCUGCAUUUAUUCGUGGAUUUCGGUCAAUUAUCAAUCCAGAGUGGCUCUCACUGUUUUCGACUCCUGAGCUACAAAGGUUGAUCUCAGGUGACAAUGUACCAUUAGAUCUUAAAGAUCUUCGGAAACAUACACAGUAUUAUGGGGGCUUCCAUGAUUCCCACAGAGUUGUCUGCUGGUUGUGGGAUAUUUUGGAAAAAGACUUUACAAAUGAAGAAAGGAAGCUGUUUUUGAAGUUUGUAACAAGUUGCUCAAAGCCUCCUCUACUUGGAUUUGCUCAUUUGGAACCUCCAUUCUCAAUACGUUGUGUCGAGGUUGGUGACGAUGAGGACACUGGCGAUACUAUUGGUAGUGUUAUUCGGGGAUUUUUUACCAUAAGGAAGAAGGAUCCACAAAAUCGCCUCCCGACUUCAUCUACAUGCUUCAAUCUCUUGAAGUUACCAAACUAUCAGAAGAAAAGUACAUUGCGAGAGAAACUGAGAUACGCAGUUUCUAGUAAUACAGGAUUUGAACUGUCUUAAAUUAGACUGAAUCAGACUACAGGCAUGAGAUACUACAGAGACUUCCUCCAGAGGCUACUAUUUUAAUUUAAAAUGUAAAUAUUUGUGAAAACAUCAAAUAGAUGAAAACAUAAGUAAUUUAACACUGUAAAUAUGUUUGUAGAUAUCCUGUUUAUAUUUAGCUUAAAUGUGAAUUACCAUUUCAUAAGGUAAUUUUAGUUUUCCAGUCAGUGUUAUGUGGCCAGCAUUUUUAUUGUUGUAUUUGUUACUCUUCUUUCUUCCAAAGAUUUGCUCAUUUGUAAAUUGCUGGAUUACUACAUAUUGUUUCAGUAUGCUAACUCAAGGUAGAACUAAUUAAAUAACAUUGUUGUUGUCAUUGUUGUUACUGUUGUUGUUGGAUCUUCAGUCCAAAGAAUACUUUGAUGCAGCUCUCCAUUCUACUCUGUCCUGUGCAAGCCUUUAUCUCUCUGAAUAACUACUUCAACGUACGUCUUGUUGAACCUCCUCACUGUAUUAAUUUGUUGAUCUCUCUCUCUAAAAUUGUUACUCCUCAUACUUCCCUCCAAUCCUAAAUCCAAGAUCCCUCAAUAUCUCAGAAUUUGUCUUAUCAACCAUCCCUUUUUUUAGUUAAGUUGUGCCAGAAAUUUCUUUUCUUCCCAGUUCAGUACCUCCUUAUUAGUUACAUGUACUACCGAUCAGAUCGUCAGCAUUCUUCUGUAGCAUCCCAUUUCUAAGGCUUGUAUUGUCUUCUUGUAUGAGCUGUUUAUCAUCCACAUUUGACUUUCACACAAGACUACACUCCGGACAAAUAUCUUUAACAAAUUUCUCUUCUUCAGAAACACUUUUCCAGUCUACAUGUUGUAUGCUCUACACUUUGACCACAUCAGUUAUUUAAGUCCCCAAAUAGAAAAACUCAUCUACUACUUUUAGUGUCCUAUUUCCUAAUCUGAUUCCCCAGCAUCACCUGAUUUAAUUUGACUGCAUUCCAUUACCCUUUGUUUGCUUUUGUUGAUGUUCAUCUUAUAUCAUAUUUCAAAACGCUGCCCAUCCCACUCAACUGCACUUCCUAGGCCUUUGUUUUCCCUGACAGAAUUACAAUGUCAGCAGCUAACCUCAAAGUUGUUAUUUCUUCUCCCUGAAAUUUAAUGCCUUCUCCGAAUGUUUCUUUGGUUUCCCCCUUACUGCUUGCUCAGUGUACAGAUUGAAUGUCAGGGAUAAGCUACAAACCUGUUUCACUUCCUUCUCAGUCACUGCUUCCCUUUUAUGGCUCUUGGCUCUGAUAACUGCUGUCUGGUUUGUGUACAUGUUGUAAAUAACAUUUUGUUCCAUGUAUUUUAUCCCUGCUACCUUAAGAAUUGCAAGGAUAAAUCACUAACACAAAAAAACAAGAUUACAUGCACUGCUUGUGUGCACAUGUAUGCGAGGCUGUAUUAGAUCAAGCAAACUGUGCUUCUCAAAAUGACAGUGAUGCAGUUGGUAACCUCUUCAGUGGCAGAAUAGCUGAAAUGCUCUUUUUCCUUAUUCUCUUAUACUUAAUACUGGAAAGGAGAAUAAUACAGAAUGUAAAAGGUUAUGCUGAGUGUUCCAUAUUUCACUUGGCUUAAGUACUACAAAAUUUCAUCACAUUCCUCACAGGUCACACACAUUUCACUUGUUCGUGCGGUAGAUCAGUGCAUCUGUGAUUUCCCCAGGAUGUUGUGAUUGUUUGCUGGAAACAUUUUAAUUUCAUUAAAUAGAGGAUUCUCAAGAGGAACAACAUAAUUAUGAGAUGUUACGAGUGAAUACAUGCAGCAGCAAUGAUUAAGUACUUGCACAUUCCGAAAACACAGUUCUUUCUGUGGCAGUAAGUCAUAAUUUCCUCUCAACAUUUCCAUGUAUUUUUCAUUAAGUUUUCCUUUUGAAUUUAUCAUUUCUCAGUUCAGUAUAUCAGUAAACAUGAAAUUUAAACUGUACAGAUAACAGUUAAUUAAUGAAAAUGUCUAUAUUCAGAAAAUACUACUUGAUUUCAUUAAAAAGCACCAUCAUUGCAGUGACCAAUCUUUAAAAAUGGAAAACAAACAGUCUCAUCCACAUAAACAUUUAUUUUGAUGGUAACCAGUUUCGAUCACUCUCUGACCAUCUUCAGACCCUCAUACUGUAAUGGUAGGUGGUAGUGGUGAUUGAAGCAGAUGUUAUGCUUCCGCAAAUGUUUUUUUUCCAUUUUUAAAGUACUUUUAGCCAGACUGCUGUUUCUCCAAGGGAAAUGUUGUCAUAAAUUAUGAAUUAUCACGCUUUUAAUAAAUCAGCGAAUUUCGGAACACUGUACUUCUUUUGUAUUCAUCCUUAAAAAGAGAGGACAGCUGCAGUAGAUUAAUGAUGGGGAAGUUAUUACAGAAUGCUGCAACAGUUUAUGAAUCUAAUUCUUCAUCAAUAGUUUUCACUCUACUGCUCCUGCAUAUUUUGUUACCUAUUUUGUUCUUGUUAUUUGUUACAAUGUGUGCAGUGGAUGGGAAGAAUUACGCAAGCAGAACCUAUUGGGUACACUUUUAUUGUCAAUAAAACUGAUAUGUAAAUGCAGUUUGCUCCAAGUUAUAGUCAAUUAAAAUGCUAUGUCCAAUUUUAAGAUUUAGUUCACAACUGUGUUGGACAUGACUUGAGGAUCUUAUAUGUGUGUUUAAAAGCUCAUAGGUAGCAGCCCACUGGUUGCUGCCCUUCUUCUCAAUCAUGUGAGAUGUAACCUUACAUCUUAAUUCCUGUAGCAUUUUCCUGCAUUUGUCAACACUGAAUCAAAUCUAAUGCACAUUCCUCCACUCCUGUUGGCCAGAUCAAAUCCAGCAGGUAUCUCAAAGAGUUGAGUAUAUUAAAGUGAAGAGUGAUGAAAGGCUGGUCUCAUCACUGUCAUUUCUGUGCCUCUGUCGUCCUAUUGAAUUUCAAUCAGUUUCAGAAUGUAUGGAGGGUAGAGCGGGUAGGAAGUUCAGCACUGUCACUAUUGGUGUUACAAUACAUUAAUAAGGCAUGAAUGUUUAGGCGUUACUGCUAAAAAGCUGCUUCUUAAUUUUUGAUGUACAUUGUCUCAGGUUUUGUUUUUGGCUGUAUUGUUUUGAAGAUUGUUCUUACUUCCAGAUAUUUUGGACUGUACAUACAAUUUGUCUUUAAGGAUUUGAUUGUAAUGAAUUUUUUGUCCAAUAUUUAUUCAUUUUCCCCCCCAUCUGAUGUUACUGAUACCCCAGUUUCCAAGAAGCUGUGGACAUAGCGAAUUGGAGUGAUUUCAUCAAUAUGUAUGAAUUCCCCGGUUAUGUGAUUUUAAGCUGACAAGUCUCGGUGUCUGUGCAAACCCUAGGAAGAGUCUGUUCCCCAGAUAUGUUAAUUAAGACGGUCGAUUUCAAACAGGAACAACUGUGGCUAACAUUAUCGAACCUCGGCAGACGGCGUUAUUGGCAGCCCUGAGGUAUGAGAAUUGUUCAAUUUCAUCGCCAUCUUCACAAAGCUAUUUUGACCUGAGUUACUAAUGCAAUUUCUUCCAGUUGUAAAUAUAGCUUUUCCAAAGUAGGGGAAGUCCUUUUACGUAUCACUUGUGUGUCUCUGUUUGGCACAGGUACUGCUAUCACACCAGUGCUGGUGCAGUAGAUUUUUUCUCUCUGAGAUCUUUGAGAGGAAAAUAAUUGAGCAUUCUGACAGUGCAAAUUGAUCUGGAUGAAUGCUGCCAAUGCUGCUGUCUUGCCAAGCUGUAAUAUAUUGAUUAUGCCUGCAAUCUUUUCUGGUGGGAAUGGACUGUAUAAUUUAAAGGUUACUUGUACAGUUGUAAAUUAUGACUUUUCCCGGUGGUAAUUAUAAUAUAUUUUUCUUUUCUAUACUUUUCUUCACAGUUUCAUCCGUGUAACUUUUUCAUUUUGGAUCUGAUCGUGUUUCACCUGAUUUCCAGUAUUCUGGCUAGUCCCUAAUUCUUCCUCACCAGACUGAACUUUGCAUUAAAACAACAGUCUAGGUCACUGUUAUGUGCAGUAUUAUAAUGGAGACUACAAACAUAAAAUCCUUCAUAAGUUACUGCUGUCAACUAGUAAACUAAUAACACUAUUAUUUUUUACUAAGACCUUUUAAUCAAUAUUUCAGUUCUUGCUGUAUUCAUUCUUCUACCUCAUUGCCCACAUUUGUUUCAUAUGUUCUUAUCCCUGUUUGUAGAGCUGUUGUACGUUAUGAGGCUGUCUUCAUUUUCUUUGUCGUUCAUCCCUGAAGACCACUCUUUGAAUUUUGUUCCUAAAUAAAUUACAUAUGUCCAGUAUGUUGAUGUUUGCUCAUUUGAGGUCAUUUAGUGUCUAUGUGAACCAUGCUGGUUGUCCUUGCAGCUUCAUUAUUUUACUAAAGAUUUGCUUUAUCAGUCCAUCAUUGCCCAUUCAAGCCAAAUGUCCAAAGUACAAUAUCCGUGAUUUGCGCGUUAUGUGUAUUAUUCUCUCUACCUGUUCAUAUAGUUUUUGUUCGGUUGUGGCCUCUUGUAUUCUAUUUUUGUUGUCCUCGGGCCAAGUAUGCUUCUGACCAGUCUUCUUUCUAUCUUCAUAAUUUUGUUUAUGCCACCUUCCCACACUAGUUUUAGUGUUUUACCACAACAUGGAGCAUCAGGUCUCACUACUGUAAUGUAAUGUUUAACUUUGGAGUCCCAUAAUGAAGCUUUCUUCUUUUAUACUUUUCUUGUGUUCUGAAAUGUAGUGUUCAUAGUAUUUGCUCUUAUCUCUAGACUGUCCUAAUCAUUGUUUAUGCUUAGCUACUCACUUAAACAUUUGUAUGAGCUGAUUUUGUUGGUUUUGUUUUGAUUUAUGAGUAAUUUCUGUGGAAAAUUUUUAACGUUUUGUGUUUGUGUUGCCUUUCUGUCUUUGGGAGAGAAAUUUGUAAACCGCUUUUUCUACUUGCGUAAUUAGAUUUUCUGCCUGGAUAUUGGCAUUUUUUGGUCUGUCUGUUAUCAAGGCAAUAUCAUCUGUGAAUGCCAGGCAGUGUAAAAAGACUUUAAUUUCCCAAUUUGGAUUUUCUCCACAAUCCAAAUAUCUUCUCAAGAGAGCAGUUGAAAAGCAAAAAUGACAGUUCAUUACCCUGCCUCACUGUUUUUAUCUCAAAGCUUUUGGAGAAUUCUCCACAGAACCUCACUUACUAUGAAGUAUUUGUUAAUAUGUCUCAGAUCAUUUUUGUCGUUCUUAGAUCUAAACCAAAUUCUUUAAUAAUAUUGACGAGUGAUUUUCUGUCAGUGAUACUAUAUGCUUUCUUAAAAUCUACCAAAUGUAACUGUUGUAUCUUUGUUUCUCAGUUGUCUCAUUUGCAGAAUAAUUUUUAGAUUCUGGAUUUGUUUGCUAUAUGACAUAUUUUUUCCUGAAAAAAAACUUUAUUAUUGACAACAAAAUGUAUUUUACUACUUGACAGCUGUGACUUACAAUGCACUUUAUGCUGUUUGAUAUUGUAGGCUAAAUAUUCCCUUGUAAGCUGUUGUAAAUCCCUUUGUGAUACCUGAUGAUGAACUGAGGGUUGAAACCAGUCAUAACACAGAAUUUUUUUAUUAACAGCUCUUGACGACAGAAUUAAAAUCUUUUUUUUCCCCCCCUUCCAUUUGUAUCUUCGGAGUAUGCGGCAACUGCUGCAGUAUCUUCUGGUGGCAUAUAGUGUGUUAGAAUGGGAUGACAUGGAGAAUACCCGGUAAUACAUAUUGUUUUGUGCACCUUGACUGAUUUUUGUGCUGAAAUUUUUAUUGAUUGUAAUUGUGAAGACAGUAUGUUCUGAUGUUCACAAUAGGCUUACGAGUAGUCAUGUCAUUCAGUAUAUAACUUACUGUUCUGUUCUCAACUGCUGCAACUAUUGGCCACUAGCUUGAAUCACACAAUUGUACCUCUGAUAUACAACUAGAGGUUGGACCUUGGUUUCUUGAUUUAAAAUAACGAUAACACUAUAUUCAUUCAGAACUCCAGAAAAAUAUAUACACUUUCUUCUAGUUAGCCUCUUGGUCUGAAAUUCAUAGAUCUUGGAUGCAUUUGGCAGCCUUGUCUGUUAAGAAUUUCUCUUGGAGUUUUUCUCCCCUGUACCUUUCUCACCAGAUCAUUUUCAACAGGUCUAUUACUCAUUUAUUGUGAUGCACAGUGCAUAUACAGUGUUUAUGAAUAGCUGCAGAAUUGUUGUGUGUUGUGAACUUAUUUGAAACAGGGUGAAAAUUCAGAGAAGUCUUUACUCUUACUAUUUGUACUUUCUGUUUCCACUAUUCUUUCUCUACAGGGGAAAAAUCUUCUAUUCUGCAAGUCAUGAAGAGUAAUUACAAAAUCGUAAGUCUAUUAUGUAACAAUAUAAUGGAAAGGGUAGUUGCUAUUCUCAAUAAAGUGCAAAUGCUGAAUUGCAGAAAGGCACAACAAAAAGACUGUCGGAAUGUUAACUUUCAGCCAACGAGGCCUUUGUCAGAAAUAGACAACAGACACACACUUGUGCAAAUGCAACUCACACACAUGUGACCACAGUCUCUGGCAUCUGGCUCCAGCUGUCUAUUUUUGACAAAUGCCUCGUGGCUGAAAGCUAACUUUCCGACAGUCUUUUUGUUGUGCCUUUCUGUGACUCAGCAUCUCUGCUUUAUGGUGAGUAGCAACUGUCCUUUUCAUUAUACUGUUACAUUCCUUCUUGGAUUUUCCAUUGUUUAAGUCUAUUAUGUAGUGCAGAAUAAGAUUUGAAAGAUGAUGGAAAGAGGCACUGCAGGUUAAAAGUUUUAGUCACAUAUUCAUAUUUUGUAGUUUUGAGAGGUCUCACUGUUUCCUACCUGAAGCAGUUAGUCACAUCCACAGCUACAUGACUGAUAAUUUGUACCAGUAUUUGCAUAACAGAAGUUAAUCAUUUAACAAACAACCACAUUAAAAGUUGCUUUAAUUUUUAUCUUUGGUUUUUUUACUCGUAUUUUUAGAUUUUAAAAGGUAUAUGACAUGAAACAUUUGAGGACCAAAACACUGUUUCUCUAGUGUGUAAUACAUUUUACUUGUUGUGUUGUUUUGCAAUGAAGUCCUGAAGCUAUACAUGGAAGAAUUUUGUAAAUGAGCAGUUCUUUAGCUUGCAGAAGUUACAGAGGACCUUGUGUGUAGACAUCAAUUUUAGGAAAUAUAAAUAUUAAAUCUUCAAAAUAAUUUACUUUGCUGUGAACUGUUAUCAGUUCAGAGGAAAAAUAAAUUUUAUUGCUUACAAAUCAAUAUUUUCAAAACACACAUUUUUAGCAUAUUUUAUAAGACAGGCAUUUUGUAACUAUCAGUCUUAUCAUUUAAGUUUUAUAAAUUAUUUUGGUUAUUAGAUAUGACUGCUGCAUAUUGUAACUAUCAAAUAUUACUGUAAACUUAUCUUAGAAUUGUGAUAAAAAAUGUUUUAUCAAUGAUCUUUUUUCUGCAAUGUAAAAGAUAUAUUUUGAAAUGCUCUAUAAAAUGUGAAACUAGCUGUGAUAUGGUAUUUUAAACUAGAUUCUAAAAUAAAAUGUAGUUUUGUCAAGAAAGGGCAAUGUGUAAGAAAAAACCUUUGUACAUGAUAUGUAAGACUGCUUUGGAAUUUUACACGUCUCACUGACAUGUUUUUCAGUAAAUUUUGAGUUUUGUUUUUAUAUGUAUUUCUGAUAGACAGGGACAGGUAUUUUAAAAUGUGGAAUGGAAUUUAUUACAUUGAUACCACAAAAUAUGCAGCUGAUAUAAUGUUUGAAAGAUAUAUCAGGUUGUUUUGUUGUCCUAACUGUUCCAAGGUUUGGCAGCAAUGUACACAGAAAUGUGUGAAGUAAUUGAGACAAUGGACAAAAUGCCCUUUUCACCAUCAUGCAAUGUGCCUAGUUUAAGUUCAAGGGAAAAACUGAAAUACCCUAAAUGCACAAAAUAAUGUCUGUGCAGACUUUCAAAAUUAUUUUCCUAAAUAUGUUAUUACCAUAAUGAUUGUAUAUAAUUACUAAUGGAUAAUUGUUCCAAAGACUUUUGUAGGUUGUAUGUUGAUUGUAUUUUGGAAUAAUUAUGCAAUUGAUGCAUGUAUGUUGUUUCUGCUUUUUUUAUCAACAUACUCCUUCAGAGGUAAUGGGCCUGUGUGUGUGUGUGUGUGUGUGUGUGUGUGUGUGUGAUGGAGGGAGGCUAUUUAACACACUUUCCAAGUUAUAUACAAUAUGCAUAACACCAGGUACUGUAGCCAGUCAUGUGGUAGAAAAUGUAAAGUUCACUGACAAUCAUAAACAGUAACAACACUGGAAG